CGCAGGAGAGACAGAGAGAGGAAACGAACACACACAAAAAAGCUGUUUUUUCCCCCCACCUGCCCUUUGUUCUUCGCCUGCCCUUUGUUUUUAUCAGAACCUCGUUUCUGGCUGUCUUGGUGCGCGGCCGCAGCUGGAGAGGUAACUCCUGCAAAAUGACAUCUUGGCGAUCCGCGUUCGUGCUCUGUCAGCGGCUUCCGCGUGGAUUUUGCUAAGCGUCCUCGCUUCUAGCUCGAUUUCUUUCCAGUAGCAGAAUUUAAUGUCUUACAAGACAGCGAUGGCUUUUUCUCUAGAAUUUGAAUAUGGAGGCCACAGGGACAGAUGAAGUAGAAAAGAUAAAAUCAAAGUUUAUGUCUGCAUGGCACAACAUGAAAUACAGUUGGGUGUUGAAAACAAAAACUUACUUUAGUAGAAACUCUCCAGUCUUUCUGCUAGGAAAAUGUUACCACUUCAAAUCUGAUGAAUCUGGUGAGCUUUCUACAGAUGGAUCCAGUUUUGAUGAUAUCAACACAGAGAUUUCAGGAAAUGUUGAGGAGUUCCGUAAAGAUUUUAUUUCUAGAAUAUGGCUGACUUACAGAGAAGAAUUUCCUCAGAUCAAGGGAUCUGCAUUAACAACAGACUGUGGUUGGGGUUGCACACUGAGAACUGGUCAAAUGCUGUUGGCUCAAGGUCUUAUGCUUCAUUUUCUUGGUAGAGCCUGGAUCUGGCCAGAUGCACUGGACAUUGAAAAUUCAGAUUCUGAAUCAUGGACAACCCAUACAGUGAAAAAGCUGACUGCAUCGUUUGAAGCAUCACUUACAGCGGAAAGAGAAGCCAAGAUUUUGUCAAACCAUCAUAAGAGAACACUAAAGGGGAACUGUGGUGACAAUGAAAUGAGAAAUGAGGUUUAUCAUAGAAAAAUAAUUUCUUGGUUUGGUGACUCUCCACUGGCAGCUUUUGGCUUACAUCAGCUAAUAGAAUAUGGAAAGAAAUCUGGAAAAAUUGCUGGAGAUUGGUAUGGGCCUGCAGUUGUUGCACAUAUUUUAAGAAAAGCUGUUGAAGAAGCAAGAGACCCCGAGCUUCAAGGAGUAACAGUGUAUGUUGCUCAGGAUUGUACAGUCUACAGUUCAGAUGUUAUUGACAGACAGUGUUCUUUUAUGGAUUCUGAAAAAGCAGAUACAAAAGCUGUAAUUAUAUUAGUUCCUGUGAGACUUGGUGGAGAGAGAACAAACAUGGACUAUUUAGAGUUUGUAAAGGGAAUUUUAAGCCUUGAGUAUUGUGUUGGUAUUAUCGGUGGCAAACCCAAGCAGUCAUAUUACUUUGCUGGAUUUCAAGAUGACAGUUUGAUUUACAUGGAUCCUCAUUACUGCCAAUCUUUUGUAGAUGUCAGCAUAAAGGAUUUCCCUCUUGAGUCAUUCCACUGUCCUUCUCCCAAAAAGAUGUCAUUCAAAAAAAUGGAUCCAAGCUGUACAAUAGGAUUUUAUUGUAGAAAUGUGCAGGAGUUUGAGAAGGCUUCGGAAGAAAUAACAAAGAUGCUGAAAUCAUCAUCUAAGGAGAAAUAUCCCUUGUUUACUUUUGUAAAGGGUCAUUCUAGAGAUUAUGACUUUGCUUCCAGUCCGCUCCAUGAAGAAAAUUACCUUUUCUCUGAGGAUGAAAAGAAAACAUUAAAAAGACUUAGUACAGAGGAGUUUGUCUUGCUUUAAGGACAUUUUACACUAGAUUAUUGGCAGCUGUCCAGGAGAACACUUGUCUUUUAAAAAAUAUAUGUGUGUGUCCUCCUUCCUCUCCCCAAAAGGCAAGCUGUGCUGGAAAUGGUCUAUUUUCAUAAAGAAUACAAUGUUUUAUAUGUUAAUAGUCUUUAAAAUGUCAUUUAUAAAUGUACUUACUAAUUAUUUUUGUUCACUGGUAGUUGGGUGAGUUUAAUGUUACGUUGCGCUAGUGAAGAUAGGUGGCAUUGUUUAGAGCCAGGUGUGCUGAAAUGUGCCUAUGUCCUGGGCUCGUCCUCUUAAAAAGCUUGGCCAGUCCCUAAAUCCUACCUUGUGACCCUAAUGUUUCAGUCCAGGACAAAUCCUGAGCAGAAGAUGCCAGACGUGUGUAGGUUUUAUGUCAUGAACAUACAUCCACAGGUUGUGAGACCAGCUUUUUUCUGUUUGUAAGCAAAAUUUGAGCUCUGCAUUCCUGUGGUAAGAGUAAUAUCUAAUCUAUUUUCCUACAUAAGCCCUAGUAAUGUUUAAUAUUGUAAUCAUGACAUACCUUUUUUACACUGUGCUGCUCAGGAUGUAAGUUUGAUAUAUCAGCAGUAAUUGUUAUUUGCAAUACUGAUAUAAUUAUAUAGGCUGGAUUGUGAGUUAAGAUACUAUUUAGCAGUAUGAUUUUAUAAUGGUUUCUCAUUAAGCUUGCUUUGGAGCCUUACUAUGAGGAGUGAAGAUAAAAAUUGUGGGGAAAGCUAAUACUUUAAAGGUUAUACUAUUAAUAUUAAUGGCAACCAAUCAAAGCAGAUAAAGACAGUUAUUAGAAGGGAGCAGUGUUUGUUUUCUGUUUCAGCUAUUACAAUGUUGAGGCUUCUCUGCUGUUAGUGCAGCUUUUAAAUCAAAGCAAGCAUGGGAGUAGAUGGUAAAAAUUCUGGGGUGUGAUUUUUUUUUUUGAUACAUGUUAUUGUACAAAUGGUUAGUCGAUGGUCUAUGUUCUAAAAAUGCAAACAAAUGUACAUAAAUAGUUUCAUGUUUUAACAAAGCAAAUGCAAUAUUUAAAAUUUGUAUUAACACU